GUUGUUAUAUUGAUAAUUUUCUGAUUUGAGGCGACAUUAAACUUAUUAAAGUAGCUGUUGAUUGCCAUUAUCAAACUCAAUAGAUUUAUCUGUCAUUUAAACUGUGAAAAAGUUCCAAGCAGUGACAAAGUCCCUGUUUUUAAUACAAACAACUUGAACUGAUGGUGAAUACAAAUAUAGUAUAAUGGAUCAGUGGGAAUUAUUAGUUCAAGAAUACUCAAAAUCAGCAAAUGGGUUCCGGAAGGCUCUGCAGACAGCUGAGGCGGUGUUUAAAGAAGAUUUGGCCGGUUUUGAAAUUGAAUGGAUAGUUCAAACACUCCUAUAUGAGCCAGUGUGUCUGCUGAAGAUCGUGUGCUCAGAGCAGGAUGAAUCUUGGAGGAGCUGCAUUGUGGCUAGCUUCAAACUGUUGGUAGAGGUGCUGCCCAAGUGUGAAGACUUUGGAGACCAUCUAUUCCAGGAUGUUCUUAAUGUCUGUCUGAUGCAGUACGAUGCCAUGAUCCGUACCAAUGCAAUAAACUGUAUGCGGGUGCUAUGCAAGAUGUCUCCGGUGGUGGCCGGGCAGGCUGAGAAGUUCAUAGCUGAACUGGAAUCUGCAAGCAUAUGCAGAGCUCCUUUAGCUAUGCUGAUUGGUACGCUGUGCGAAUACCAUCCAGCAUACCUUUCGAAUGAAUACAACAAAAUAUGGCGCUUGUUUCUUAAUUUACUUGAGAACAAUAAAAAGACUGACACGGUAACCUCAGCAUACCUUCAAGGUAUCCUGGGUCUAUUCAAAUACUACGGGACCCAGCUACCGAUGGUUGAACUGGCCCAGUUUUACCAGGAUCUGGUCGGAUAUCUGGACAUGACCAAGUGCAAGGAAGUGGUCCUGGCCAUAUUGGAAGAGCACACGGACCUCUUCCUGGAGUCACUCGCCGAAGACCCAACCUUAAGGAUGAAGCUAUGGGUCCAUGUGCCGGCCGGGACUGACGCAGUAUUGAAAGUCUACAGACUGAUCUUCGAACUGAUGAAGGAUGACUUAAAGAGAAUCGAGAACGUUCUACAAGCGGAGGUUACGCCGCGUCUGCACGCCCCCGAUACGCGAUACGUGGCGCUCCGCGUGUGGAGCGUCUACACGCGGCUCGGGGGCGCGGCUCCCGUCCAGCACGAGGACGUGCUGCAGGUGGAGUGCAGCCUGAGGGCCGGGGACCACGUCGCCGCGCAGGUCUCGUACUGCAUCGACGCCGCGCUGCCGAACAGCGACCGGCUUCUGCAGGCCGCCAUCCUGAACUUCCACAGUCUUCCAGCUAAGAAGAUUAAGGAAAUUAUCGUCUACCCUCUCGCGCGUGCUCCGGACCAGAUCAGGAAGGCCUCAAUAAAUCUGCUGACAACGGAAUCAUGUGUGGACGGCGCCAGCUUUGACCGGUACUUGCCGCUCUGGAGACAGCUGCUCGACUCCGACGGACAGGACCCGAGGGCGGUGGAAGGCAGCAGACACGUUUUCAACGACUUCAUGGACUAUGUUCUGUGGGUGGUUGAGACGUUUCUGGACGACUAUAACGAGGGUCUGCCGGAGCAAUUGCAGUUCCUCUUUAAGCUGGUCUCCUUGGUGCUGAGCUUCCAGUCCCCCGAGGGCUACACCCGGGACGCGUGCGCGGCCGCCCUCCCGCUGCUGCGUGAGACCAUGCGGCGCUGCCAGCCCCAGGCCUGCACCGUGGCGGCCGGCAGACACCUGCUCCGCCACGCCGCCGGCCUGGAUCUGGACUUCUAUGAGAUGCUGUCCUUGGACAGUUGCGCAGACGAGGCUCUGCUGUGCGAAUGCUGUUUGGCGUUUAUACAAUCUCCGGACGGCCAUGGGGACGUGCGAAACAUAUUGACAUCCCUACAGAUCAUCUUCUCGAGAUCCGACGUGGAAGUGGAUAGUUACUUGACCGCUUUGAAGAAAUGUCAGCAUCUGUUGAUGAAAGACAUUGAUCUUUUGAACAGCAAAGAAACUUCGAAGGUAAUAGCGGGCAUCGAGGACCUAUACAACCGCAAAGACUUGACCGGGAAAGAAGCCAGGAACCUUAAGCGGGAGAUAUUCUUCUUUCUAGGUAAAUUCGGUAAUGUGUCUGAAUCGAGCGCGUCUGAGGCCAGUUCUGUCGUCUUGAAGGACAACCUCACGCUCGAUCUCAAGUAUUUGGACGAAGGUGUCACGUAUAAGAUCAAGCUGGAUGAGAUGUUGGAGCACGCGAUCAGAAGCGGCGAUCCGGAUAUACUGCGAACGCUACUUACCGUCAUCUGCGCCGGUAACCCGGCGCGGCAGGCGGAGCGCGCGUGUCGCGUGUGCGCGGCGUGGUGUCGCGCCAGUGUUGCCAGCGCCGCCGCGGACGCGCUGCCAGUGUUGCAAGCUCUGAAACUGUCCAACGUUACCGUAGAGCUGCUGUCCUACAUCGCCUGCCAGAGGUCUCCGGGGGUCAGAGGUCUGCUGUCUGACGUCCUGGAGAGACUCUUGUCGGACCCUCGCCACCAGCAGGCCGUGGAGCCCGUAGCCGCUCAGGCCUUACUGAUGCUGCGGGAUAAGAACGCGCUGACGCGACAGGCCGGGCUGGACGUGUCGCUGGCGGUGUUGCGGGCCGCGGACCCCACGCAUGCCCCAUUGCGGGCCGCGCUACCCGCCCUGCUGCCGGGCCUGUGCGGGGCUGUGGGGGGAGGCCCAGCGCUGCUAGCGGCCACGCACGCUUUUGUACGGGCGGCGGCUAUGUACGAUCCCGCCACUACCGUUGGCAUGAUCCAGGAGAUGAUGCGCCACCUCACCCACCCCAAGUCUGACGUAGACUUCGCGCGCCACGAGACAACUGUCAGGACAGCGGUCGACUUCAUCAAAGUCGUUGCCAGUGAAAAAAAAUUAGACUCCGCCAUUUUUCUUGGGAUCGAAGCGGCCAGUAUUGCCAGGAAGAUGGUGUUGCUGUGCGAAUUGAAAGCUGCUUUUCGUUUUGAAUCCGAGUUCGAUUUGAGGCUGCUGGAGGGGAAUGGUCUCCUGGAUCUGGAGAUGGAGGAUCUGGGGGACCCGUUCUCGGUCGCGGCCACCCUCCGUGUCCUGACGGACUUCGCUGGAACUUACAUGGAGACUAGGAGGGAGAAAUCACUAGUACUAUUGGCCGGAUUGGUGGAGAAGUUAAAACCGGACCUUAUAAUAACGGUCAAUAGGUCGAUAGUGAAUUGCCUGCAGACUUACAAAGAUCUAUUAGGGGAAUUACCGCCGUUAUUGACAGAUGCCUUUGACGUUUGGUUCUCGGUGUUGCCAAUAAAUGAGAUAACUACCAGUUUAGAAGAAAACAAACUGCUGGACGAACAUAAGGCCAUAAUAAAAUCACUAAAUAUAAUGUUGAUGGUUUUCGAAUUGAGGAGUGAUUUAAUAAAAACAUGGCCAGAUUCGAUUAUGAAGGUGACGCCAAAGAAAUCCGAUUUGGAAUACAUUAGCAGUGUUCUGUCUGCGUCUCUUAAAGCUUCAAGUCGUGAUGAUAUAAAGAGAUUGAUAUCGGGAGGUGAUGGGAGGGACCUCUGUAGGAGACAUGUUAAGGUGUUUUUCGGAUUCCUGGUGAAGUCGCCGUCUGUGUUAUUAGACGGUGACGUCACAAGUGCCUAUUCCCUGUUGGAUGACGUAGUGGAUUGUUACGUCAGGAUGAGAUGUCCUGAGAGAUGGCGUGGGGACUUGCUCAGUCUGGUCGAUGGGCUGUGGCCUGUAUACGAACAGCAGACUGAAUUUAGCAAGAAGCAAGCGCUGCUUGUCAGUCUGUCUCGCUUCCCCGUCCCCCCGCCUCCCACCUCGCCCCCCGUCGCGUGGGGAGUCAAAACCCUGAUGGAGGGGGAGAUCACUCAGAGGAUAUGUCUCGUCGGAGCCUUGCCCGCCGGCGAGGAAUAUAGCGCCGCCUAUAGCAGUUUCUCUGGCGUGGUGGGUCCCCGGCUGCGGGAGGCGGCGCGGGGGCGGGGGCCGGCGCUGCGGGCGCUGCUGGGGGCGGCGCACUGCGGCGACCCCACCCUGCUGCGGACCGUUGCCGCUCUAGCUGCGGGCGACGACACUAAGGGCUGGUGGGACGAGGCCAUCGACUCGUGCAUGGCGGCCGUCGCCAGGCACCGUGACGUCACUGUGCACGAAACAAUAUACGCGUGGACGUGGACGGGGCUGUCGACGGGCGUCUGCGAGAGGAUGCUCGUGCCUCUGCUGCGACACACUCCCGCCAAACGUCUGGAAGAAUUCCUGUCGAACAAAGUUAACAUGUUAAUUGACAUGUUAAUGACCGGUCGGGCAGCGAGCAACGCAUUAGCGUACGAACAGGGCGUCGUCAACUACACGAGAGCUUUGAGCGUGCUGGCGGUGGCUUUUGAGAAGCUACCCCGGCAGUCACUGGAGGCGUCCAGCUCGGUACUCCACAGCCGCAUGGCAAGCCCAGAGUCCUGGAUGCUGGUGCGACGUGCGUGCAAGCUGUGUGUCACGCUCAGGGACGCCGUGACGUGUCCCGAGGGGGCCGGGGGCGGGCUGAGAGGGGCGUGCAGAGCGUUCUACGUGGCCGCCUACAAGUGCUUGACGGCGGCCUUGUGCCGCUGGAAGCAGCCCAAAGCUUACGUGACGCUUUUCGACGAGAAAGCUCUGUCGAAUCUGAUGGACCCCGAAAAAAGAUACGAACUUCCGAUAAAACCGAAAUGGAGCCGUCGGAGCGUGCGACGCCAGGUCCUCGCGGACACGGGGGCCGCCCCCGCCGCCGCGUCCUCCGGGGGGUCCGUCCGCACCCGGCCCCUCCUGCGGACCCUCUCCGACAACCCGCUGCAUUUCGACCUGCUCGAACCCCAGGAGUGCGAGGAAGUCACGACGGAGGAGUGGCGCGUGGACCACACCGAGCUGAACGGGCUCGAGGCGUGUCUGUCUGUGUCGCGCGCGCUGGCCCUCGCCGCGCCGUGUGCCGCAGCGCUGCGCCGCGCCGCCGCCGCGUUGUGCGGUGCCGCCGCCGCGCAGAGCCACGUCGCCGCGCUGCUGGCACAGGCCAUCUGCAACUCAGCCAGUGACCUGCAACCCAACUGCGAGAUAUUAAUUCCCGCUCUGCUGAAGUACGUGACGGCGGUGGAGGAUGGGGCCGCGCUCAACGGUCUUCAAGUGGACGUGCUGAACACCAUCUCGGGGUGGGGCGGGGGCGGGGCGCGCCGCGAGGGGGCCGACGCCGCGGUCCGGCUCCUUGUGCGGACCUGCCUGCAGCACCAGCGCAGGAGACCCCUGCUGGACGCGGUGGCCGACUGCCUGGACGGCUUCCUGCGUGCGCACCCCGGAACGAUUACCGUCCGCUACGACGCCUUCCCGGACUACUCAGCUGACUCAAUGUCGGAUGAGACGAAGCUGUGCAUGCUCCGCAUACUUCAAAUCAUCACUAAGCAUAAUAUUUACGUGGGGCAACUUGUGCCGACCGUGUUGGCGGUAUUGGCUGACGCGCGCCGCCAACAUCCCGUGCAAAAAUUGGCUGAACUGUUCGGCCAAACGUUGGCCGUGUGUGACGACGAGACAGUAGCGAGGGAAUCCUUGGCCUCGUACCAACGUGUCCUAGAGACGUACCUGAAGACGAACGUGUCGGAUUACGUGAGGCUGCUGUACUACGCCCAGCUGGGCUGCCCCAGGUGUUGCAGUUUCAAGAGCUUCAAAACGGUUCUCUCGAAAGCUUCGAGAUUGCCCAAAGCCGAAAAGCUGAGAUGUCUGCGCGUUAUAGCGAAGUACUUAGAGCACGGCCCGGGAAAUGAUGACGUCAUACGUGACGUCGUAUCCACCCUGAACUUCGAAGGGUUGAUGGCGGGUGAUUGUGUCAAGGUGCGCGUACUAAACAUUAUAUUGGUGGCCAUCAACUGAUGGUA